AUGUCAAUAACCACGGAACCAUCAUUAUUGAGUGAAAUAAUCGCCACCUCUCAUGAACAACAAUCUCAAGAAAUAAACCGAACUAAAAACAAAGAGGAUAUAACUAUCAUUUGUUUUGAUACGAAAACUGAAUUAUAUGAUAAUAUAGAAUAUUUGAAGAUUCGAUUGCGCCAAAUUAAUGAUUAUAUUGUUUUUCAUACUAAACUCGAAUCAUGCAUCACAUCAAUUCAAUCCAUUGAAAAGGAAAAAGUUUUCUUAAUUACAUCUAGCUCACAUAUUUCCCAAAUUUUGCCGUGUAUUAAUACUCUUCAACAAGUAGACGCCAUUUUUGUAUUCUGUUCGAAAAGAGAUCAUUACGAACAUUUAGUUAUUGAAAAUUCAAAAAUAAUUGGAAUUUAUGAUGAAAUUGACUUACUGUGUUCGUCAGUUCAAGAGCAAAUAGAGUUUGCCAAUAAAAAAUUAUAUACAUGGACUUUUUAUGAUCAAGAUAAAUAUGGAAAAAAAGACUUAUCAAGACAAUCUAGUGAUUUUCUUUGGCUUCACCUCUUUCAUGAUGUUCUUUUACAUUUAACACAUGAUGAACAAGCCAAAAAACAAAUGAUCAACGCAUGUCGUCAUUACUAUCAAGACAACCUGAAGGAACUUGCGUUGAUUGAUAAAUUUGAACUGGAAUACAACUCAAAAGAAGCUAUUCAUUGGUAUUUGAAAAGUUCCUUUCUUAGGAAAAUGAUUAACCAAUCAUUGAGAACCGAAGAUACUGAUCAACUUUAUAAAUUACGAUAUUUCUUGUAUGACAUUGUAGAAAAUCUUACAUGUGAACAUCAACAAAUCAUUGAAUCAGGUAAAAAAAAAUUAAGUUUUUAUCGAGAAAUGCAAUUAACACAUAAUGAACUUGACGAACUGAAAGAAAACGUCGGCAAACUGAUUAUAAUGAAAACAUUUUUAACAGCAAGUUAUGUUCGUUCAUCAGCACUAAAAACAGCUACAAAGCUUACAAAUCCACUGAAUAAUAUUUCUGUGCUUUUUGAGAUCGAAUGUGAUCUAAAAGAACUUGGCAACAAUAUUAUAUUUGCUGAUAUCACUCAAUUCAGUGAAGCUUCCUGUCAAGAAGAAAUUUUGUUUGAUUUAAAUACAACAUUUCGAUUGGAAAAUAUUCAACACGAUGAACAAUUGUGCCUUAUCAAAAUAAUCGCAGUAAAUGAUGGACGAACUAUUAUAAAUAAAUAUAUUUAUGAUAUACAUCGUCAAAUAAAAGACUUAACUAUUCCAAUUAUCUUUGGUAGAUUAGUAUGUGAUAUGAGUGAAUGGGAUCAAUCACAAAAAUAUUUUGAAUACUUAUUGAAUGAUUCACAUGAUAUAGAUAUUGCAUGGAUAGAACAUAGUAUUGGUCAAGCUCUUCAUUGGAAAGGACAAUGGACUGAAGCAAGAAAAUAUUAUGAUUGUGCCUAUAAUCGAAUGAUGAAAGAUGAAUCAGUUCGUAUUAAGGACUCGGCUGAUGUUCUUUCUAACAUUGGUGAAAUAUUACAUCUGGAAGGAAGAUAUGAAGAAGCUUAUGAUUUUCACCAACGAGCAUUAAAGAUUCGAAAGGAGUAUUAUCCUUCUAAUCAUGCACACAUCGCUACUAGUCUCGAGAACAUCGGUCUCAUUCAUUAUCAACAAUUAAAGUAUGAUGAAGCACUUGAAUUUCUUCAACAAUCACUGAUUAUUCGAGAGAAAUAUUAUAACUCUUUUCAUGUUGAUAUUGCUAUUAAUUUAACUAACAUUGGUUGUAUCUUCACUGAUCAAGGAAAGUAUGACGAAGCAUUUAAUUAUCAUCAACGAGCAAUGUCAAUCUACGAAAAAUAUUAUUCAUCGGGUCAUAUUUUUAUUGCGUCUACUCUUAAUAAUAUUGUUGAUGUUCUUUACAGACAAGAAAAAUAUGAAGAAGCUCUCGAUACAGUUCAACAAACAUUGAUAAUGCAAAAGAAAUAUUAUCCAUCUGAUCAUAUUGAGAUAGCUACUAGUCUUAGCAAUAUAGGAAAUAUUAAAUAUGGACAAGGCAAAUAUGACCAAUCUUUAGAUUUUCAUCAAAAAGUGCUGACUAUGCAAACGAAAUGUUAUUUCUCGGGUCAUAUAAGUAUAACAUGUACUUUAAAUAAUAUUGCCUAUAUACUUCUUAAUGGAAAAGAAAACUAUGAUGAAGCUCUAGACUUUAAUCGACGAGCUCUUACAAUUCUAGAGACAUAUUAUCCAUCUUAUUAUGGACAUAUUGCUCAGAGUCUCAUCUAUAUCGGUAACAAUUUAAGCAAACAAGGAAAAUACGAUGAAGCUCUUGAUUCAUAUAAACAAGCUCUAACAAUGCAAGAAAAUUAUUUUUCUUCUGAUAAUAUUAAUAUUGCACAUAGUCUUAGUAAUAUUGGAAAUAUUCUUAGUGAUCGAGGAGAAUAUGAAGAAGCUCUAAAUUAUCAUCAACAAGCAAUUACAAUCUAUAAGAAAUCUCAUCCAUCUGAUUAUACUAAUCAUGCAAAUAGUCUUAAUGACAUUGGAAAAAUUCUUUAUCGUUUAGGAAAGUAUAAUGAAGCCUUCGAAUAUCAUGAAAAAGCUCUUCAUUUACAGAAAAAAUACUAUGAAUCCAAUAAUGCUCAUAUUGCUAAUAGUUUUAAUAAUAUGGGUAUUAUUCGUUAUGGUGAAAGCAAGUAUGAUGAAGCUAUUGAGUUUUUUCAACAAGCAUUAACAGUUUAUGAAAAAUAUUCUCCAUUGCGUCAAGCAGAUAUUGCUACAAUUCUCAGUAAUAUUGGACGCAGUUUUAAUCAUCAAGGAAAAUAUGACGAAGCAUUUGAAUAUCAACAACGAGCACUUAACAUUCGAGAAACUCAUCUUUCUUCAGUUUAUAUUAAUAUUGCUGAUAGCUUUAAUCAUUUAGGCAAUAUUCGUAGUAAUCAAGAAAAUUAUGAUGAAGCUAUCGAUUUCUAUCAACAAGCAUUAACAAUCUAUGAGAAACAUUGUUCAUCACGUUAUUCAGACAUCGCUACUACUCUUAGUAACAUUAGCAAUACACUAUAUAAACAUGGAAAAUACGAUAAAGCAUUUGAUUAUCAACAUCGAACAUUGAAUAUUCGAGAGAUUCAUACUCCUUCUGCUUAUACUGAUAUUGCUGUUGGUCUUAAUCAUAUGGGUAACAUUCUAAUUGGUCAAGGAAAUAUUAGGGAAGCAAUUGAUUUGUAUCAACAAGCAUUAACAAUCUAUGAGAAAUAUUGUUCAUUUCGUCAUGCAGAUAUUGCUACUACUCUCAGUAACAUUGGUAAUGCUUUACAUAAAUAUGGAAAGUACGAAGAAGCAUUUGAACAUCAACAACGAGCACUAGACAUUCGAGAAAAACAUUGUCCAUCUUCGUAUAUCGAUAUUGCUAUUAGUUACAAUCACAUGGGCAUUAUUCGAAUUGCUCAAGAAAAGCAUAAUGAAGCUAUUGAUUAUUAUCAGCGAGCAUUAACCAUUUUCGAGAAAUAUUCUCCAUCGCGUCAAGCUGAUAUUGCCACAACUCUUAGUAACAUUAGUAAUGCUCUAUAUAAGCAUGGAAAGUACGAUGAAGCAAUUGAAUAUCAACAACGAGCAUUGAAUAUUCGAGAAAAUCAUUAUCCAUCAGAUUAUAUGAAUUUAGCCGAUAGUUUUAAUCAUAUGGGAAACAUUCAAAGAGGUCAAGGAAAAUAUGCUGAAGCUGUUGAAUUCCAUCAACAAGCAUUGGAAAUUUAUGAAAAAUAUUUUUCAUCUCGUCAUGCCGAUAUUGCUGUCAUUUUCAGCUUAAUCGGAAGUAGUUUAAGUCGUCAAGGAAAGUAUGAUGAAUCUUUUGACUUUUAUAAACGAGCUUUGAUUAUUUACGAAGAACAUUAUCCUACUGAUUAUACUGAAAUUGCUCGUUAUCUACAAUGGAUUGGUUUCAUUUGUUAUACAAAAUCAGAUUUUGAUCAUGCUAUUGAAUAUUAUGAAAAAUGUCUGCAAGUUAGAGAAACUAGUCUAACUCCAGGACAUUCAUCGAUUUCUGAAACUUUGUCGUAUUUAAGUGAAGUGCAACAAGCACGUGGUCAUCAUGAACUCUCUUUGGCAUAUGAACUGAAAUGCUUCUUAAUACGUGAAAAAGUUCUUCCACCAAGUCAUAUUGACAUUGGUAAAAGUUUGUCCAAUAUAGGUGAAUGUUAUGAGCAACUUCAUCAAUUGAAAUUAGCAUUUGAUUACUAUAAACGAGCAUUAAACAUUUAUGAACAAUGCUUACCAUACUCCAAUCAAGAUCGAUACAAUAUAGAAUUAAAGAUUGAACGACUUUCCGAAGAAAUUGAAGAAAACUAA